AUGGCAAAAUCUACCUCCAUUCAGGCUCUGAAACGAUUUACAAGAGGAAUCGUUAAUCUGUACUCGGCAGAAUACCUCCGGGCUCCUAAUCCGGCCGACCUCAGAAGACUUCUCACCAAAGCUGAGAGAAGGGGCUUUCCUAGGAUGAUUGGAAGCAUCGACUGCAUGCACUGGCAAUGGAAGAAUUGCCCAACAGGUUGGGCUGGAGAAUACAGCGGUCGAAAACAUGUGCCCACUAUCAUCCUCGAAGCAGUCGCUUCUUAUGACACAUGGAUAUGGCAUGUCUUCUUUGGAAUGCCUGGAUCAUGCAACGACCUCAACGUCCUUGCUAAGUCCCCGUUGUUUGACGAGGUCAAUACUGGUCGAGCCCCUCGGGUCCAAUUUCAAGCAAAUAACAGGAUUCACAAUUUAGGGUACUAUCUCGCUGAUGGUAUCUAUCCGCAAUGGGCGACUUUCGUAAAAUCAAUUCCAAGGCCUACACGACCGAAGGAUCUGAAGUUUUCCCAGGCUCAAGAGGGGUACAGGAAGGAUGUCGAAAGAUGUUUCGGCAUUUUACAAUCGCGCUUUAGUAUUGUUCGAGGAGCUGCUCGUGGCUGGGAAAAAGAAGACCUUCGAUACAUCAUGCUGACUUGUAUUAUAUUACACAACAUGAUAAUCGAGGAUGAAAGACCAGAUGACAGCGACGAGGAUUUGGAGUCCGAUGAAGAAGAGGAUAACAAUAUGAGGCCCAGGUUGGCCCAGGUUUGGGAAGGACCGACUGGUGAUGACUUCGAUCCUGUUGGUAGAGAUGGUUAUUACUUCAACGGAUUCAUGGAUCGAUACGAUGCCAUUAGAAGUGCAAACAGUCACUCAAACCUUCAAGGGGAUCUGAUAGAGCAUUUCUGGAACGUUCAAGGCAACAUGGAGAUCUAG